AUGUUCCCACUAGAGUGUGAAAGGGUGUUUGAAUUGGCUGGCAAAAGGGCACUAUCUUACCCUAUCGGCACGUACGUCGCCGAUUCUGGAAUCGACGCUUGGGGCGAUACGUUCAACGCGACUAACUUGGAGUUCCUGACGUUCGCGGCGACCGCGCCGAUUCGCGCAUCUAGGAAGCUUGGCAUCCUCCCUUUCCCCGGCUUUAUCAAGUGCUACCGCCACGUCUGGAAACUUCUCGUCCAUUCUCCGUUCCGUUGGAUUCAAGUGGGCUGGUGGCAACGCGAGCUGGUGGCAAAUCUGAGCCCCGGCAGUGUGCGGUCCAUCGUUGGCGGAGAUCCCACUGCUGACGGCGUGGCACUCGUGCAAGUCUACAGGCUGCAGAGGUCUAGUCUAGCCAUCCAUUUCUCUCCUCCCCUCGCCCUCUCCACCCCCCAUGAAAGGUACAACGGGCAGACCAACGUGCACAUUCGCCUGCGAGCGCACGCGCUCUCCUCUUCCCCCAUCGCCCAGACUGUAAACAAAGCCCACGCAGGCAUCAACGGCCCGCCUGUGUGGGUUGUCCUAGGGCAAUGGACCCGCAGCAACAGCAACAACGCGUACAACUUGCAGAAAUGGUACUAUGAGGCUAAUAAGAAGUACCCUCCUGGCUCUGCUAGAUCCGUGCACUCUAUUGUUCGGGAGAUCGCCGGGGGUCCGGGGCGGUACUAUGCUGUGGUGAGCUCUGUGACCCGGCCUGUUGGGGCGAUCAGGGGGCAGUUCAGGCUCGCGCUGCCGUUUUCGCUGUACCCGUGGAAUCCGUGCUAG